CUCAAGCGAACACUGAAACCAAUGUUGACAUGUAUGGGUUUGUUUCUCAGAACGAGGCAAAACGUAUAUGGCUGCAGACCUGCAUAAAAGCAGCCAGAUGUUUUCCGAUCUUCUGAUUUUGGUAGAGAUCGGAAAAUUAAUGUUUAACAUGUUGAUGUUUGCAUAGUUAUUUUCUUGAGAACGGGUUUUAACAGGCUGAAGGUGUCAAGAAAAUUGUUCAUUGUUGAAUCGUUGCUGUUUUGUGCCUUGAUUUACAAUGGGGAUGGCCAGCGUCGCAUAUCGAAAAUUUAACUAAGCAACUUCUGCCUACCUGAACUCUGACAGCAAAUUGAAAUUGCUUUUCAAACAAGGAAAUAUGAAUCUCACUGCUUUUCUGUGGCGAAUUGCAUUCAUUCUUUAUUUCUGUCAGCAUAGAUGCUUCAGUAUUAUAGAGGAUGUUUUGCUGCCCUACCAGAAGUCACAUGAUGAUACGAAGAGAAACCACAGAUACGUAAGGGAAUGCCAACAUAUAAUUCACGGUAACAAGACUUUUGAGACUUACAGAAGUUAUAAUACAAGUAAGGAAAACUCUGUUGAAUAUUUAAAGUAUUUGACUCAUAAAAUCGAAUCAAGGCAGGACACAUUUGGUAUCAAGAAGAAAUACGUACACGGACAUAUAGCACUGAUAAACAAUCCCGCAAAAACUUUUUCAGUAUUGUAUCCAGGAUCUAAAGCAACUUGCAGCCAAUGGUCUGGUAUCAGAGAAACAGUUUCAAAUACAGCAAAGCAUGCUAAAUGCACAAUUGCAAUAAAUGCUGGAUUUUUUAAUACACACACUGCAGGGUGUUUAGGAAAUAUUGUGUCCAAUGGUCACAUGAUACAUGAUUCAAAUGGUGUCCAGAAUGCUAACUUUGGAAUUCGAAAAAAUGGGGAACUAGUUGUGGGUUAUUUGUCAGAUGAUGAUGUUACUGAAAAAAAUAACCCUUUUGUGCAACUCAUUUCUGGUGUUGGUUGGCUUAUUAGAAAUGGUAUAUAUAUUAAUGAUAGCAAAAAGGCAGAAUGUGCAGAUACAGAAGAAACUGGUACAAUAGAAAGGUUUUUCAAUGUUAUCUCUGCAAGGUCAGCAAUAGGCCAUGAUAAAGAUGGAAGAAUCAUUCUUAUUACUAUUGAUGGGAAAACUGAUAAACAAGGAGUCAACCUGUUGGAGCUUGCACGGAUUCUAAAAGAGCAUGGAGCAGUUAAUGCUAUAAACUUGGAUGGAGGAGGAUCAGCCACAUUUGUUGUUAAUGGAACAGUUAUAAACUACCCUUCAGAUAUGUGCGGGAAAGAUUAUUCAUGUGAAAGGAAGGUCUCAACUAUCAUUUGUAUACAUAAUUCUGUAUGUGGGAACUGUGUUUGCUCUGGGACAAGAGGCCAAUGCAUCAAUGGAGUGUGUCAUUGUAACCAUUCGAGGCCUUCCAAUGUAAGUGUGGAAAAUUUGCACCAGCAAAAUGGAAAACGUAUCAUCAGUAAUGUUGAUGGCUCAAAGAAAGACGAAACCAGUAAAAAUGUUAUAUUCAAGGAAAGAUCUUUAUUCACUUGCAGCCUUGGAGGUAUUUGGUUCAUAUCACUGACAGCUGUUCUAGGAUGCAGUCUGUUAAUGAAUAUAUUCCUUGUUGUCAUGCUACGCGUGUCAAAAAAGAAACAAGAAAAGCCAUGGCGGCAGGGAGAUCUGAGAGGCCUGCUGGAUGAAGAUAGCGACGGUGUCUAAAAUUGAUAUCAAUCAAAAUCUGAUAAGUAGUAAACAGUAUAAUAAGCGUAGAGAAAUAAUCAUUCGAAAAUAUUUAUUUAAUUAUUGAUGUGGUUAAGUAUCGGCUGGUCCAAACACGCUCAGUUUUGCCAGUCUCGUAGCUUCCUUCUUUGAUUGUGAAGUAUGGAGUGCGUUAACUGGUCUUCUUGCGAACUGUACAUUAGCCAAUCCGAUCGUUCUAUUCUAUCAACAUGACCUUUAUUACUUGCUGCAGGUGCUUCUUAACUUCUCUGUUUGCACCAAGGACCAGUGCUGGUAUGCUGAUAACGAGACGUUGCCCCUCAUAAGACCAUCUUCUAGACUUCAUCUUUAGUGAUCAUCUUUUUACUGUUCAUGGGUCCAUUGCUAGGAUUCUUUUAGAAAAAUGUCCAGGAAUGUUUUAAAAACAUUCUAAAGUAGAACAACGUGUAGAUAACGUGAUUGGAUGAACGCUACAAAAACGAAUUCAGGUCAUGGAAAAAGAGACAGACUUCCACUUCAUUUAACGUCUGCAGUCACUGCCUCGGUAUUGGCUCCGCAAGACAUCUGUAUGCUAGCAUUAAACUGGUUUGAUAGUUAAUUGUCAACUUUGGGUCACACCAGACGCAAAAAUCUCUUUUUGCUUAACUCUGAAGAAAUCCUGUUUGCUUCUGCAGAAAAUCUUUUGCUUUUUCUUCCGCAAAUCCUCCAUUCUUAUAUCUCUGACACCCUAAUUCACUUGACGAAGUUAAUCAGCUAUUUGCUGGAGCGAUCUUGUAAUUCAUUUUUAAAUUAAAUCAAUGGAAAUUAACGGUGUUGGGUAUGCUACAAGCUCAAAUAAAAUAUUAUUCAUAGUAAAAUUUGGUAAUUUGGUUUAUAGCCCAAAUUUAUUAUUUGGUAAUCGUGCGUAGAUAUUAAGUGUGUAAAUCCAUUUUCUUUUUCUGAAUUUUAUUCAAUUUAAAUUUAUUCAUUUUCCGUGAAGCUCAGCGUUUUAUCUUCGAACGAUCAGCCUCUAAUGGUCUCUAAUUUAAUAUUGUUUGGUUGCGAAACCCAAUGUUUCAGUUUUUCAUUUUUAAGAUUAAUACGUAAUACUCUUUUAGUAUUAAUACAAUCAAGAUAAAAUAAGAGAACAAUUGUUUUAUUCCUAUUAUUUUAUCUUGAUACAAUCAAAUAUAGUACAAUAGUUGUCAGUUGAAAUGUAAACUAACUAAUCUAUUAGCGAAAGUGCUGCUAUACCAAGAGGUCGUGUUUACGUGUAUGCAGUUCUGAAGAUGAUCUUUAAAAGCUCUUUUAAAAUAAAAACAGAUUCAGUGUUUCAUACGCUAUUUAGUAUUCCCUUCCUUGGAAUAUCGGCUUUUUACCCGAUUGCAUUAUUACUGAAAAUUGUGCGUACCUAUCUCUAUUUUUCCCCUCUCCCAAGCCAGUGAUUCAAUGCGGGAUAUAAUAUCCCUUGGAUUUAAAAACUAGUAAACUUCUGGAUAGAAAUUAGGGAAAUACGGUAGGAAAAUGAGCAAUUUAUUUAGAUAGAGACAGUUCAGUUGUGUUUGUCCAUAUUUUAGAAUACGAAAUCUUAUUACAGACCAACCAGUCAUGUGGUUUCAGAACUAAUUUGUGCAUUCUAACAAUAUAGUUGUAGAUUAUGUCGAGUAUCAAACAACUGCUAUUUAUUUCAAUUGUAAGCUAGCCCUGUGUGAAUUAUGAUCUUAGAUUAGAUAAAAACGCACUUGA